AUGAGGUUGUUAAAGGUAGCUACUUGUAACUUAAACCAGUGGGCAAUGGAUUUUGACUGUAAUUUAAACAACAUAAAAGAGUCAAUAACCCAAGCUAAACAAGCUGGUGCAGUUAUUAGACUCGGCCCUGAGCUUGAAAUCACUGGUUAUGGAUGUGAAGAUCAUUUCUUGGAACUUGACACUAUCAAUCAUGGAUGGGAGUGCUUGAAAGAGAUAUUGGUUGGUGAUUGGACAGAUGGGAUAUUGUGUAGUAUAGGAAUGCCUGUUAUUAAAGGAUCAGAGCGUUAUAAUUGUCAAAUUUUCUGCUUUAAUAGAAAGAUUAUUAUGAUUCGUCCGAAAAUGUGGCUCGCCAAUGAUGGGAAUUAUAGGGAACUUAGGUGGUUUACAGCAUGGAAGCACAAAGAUCAGCUUCUGGACUUUCAGCUCCCAAGUGAAAUUGCUGAGGCUAUUUCACAAAAUUCUGUGCCUUUUGGUUAUGGAUAUGUGCAGUUUUUAGAUACUUUAGCUGUUGAUGUUGGUACUGUAGUAGCUGUGGCUGCUGAAGUUUGUGAAGAGCUUUUCACUCCUAUCCCUCCUCAUGCUGAGCUUGCACUCAAUGGGGUUGAAGUGUUUAUGAAUGCAAGUGGAAGUCACCACCAAUUGAGAAAGCUUGAUGUUCGUCUUCGUGCUUUUAUAGGAGCUACUCAUACUCGUGGAGGAGUUUACAUGUACAGUAAUCACCAAGGAUGUGAUGGCAGCCGCCUGUAUUACGAUGGGUGCUCUUGCGUUGUUGUGAACGGAGAAGUGGUUGCUCAAGGCUCACAGUUUUCUUUAAGGGAUAUUGAGGUUGUUGUUGCCCAAGUGGAUCUGGAUGCGGUUGCUAGUCUAAGGGGAUCUAUUAGUAGUUUUCAAGAACAAGCAAGUUACAGAAACACAGUAUCAUCAGUCCUGGUUCCAUACAAGCUCUGUCAGCCUUUUAACAUGCAAGCGUCCCUUUCUAGCCCCCUUAAGGUUUUCUCUUGGCUUUUCACUAUUGUUAAAUCAGGAAUACUUGAUAUCAAUUAUCACUCUCCUGAGGAGGAAAUAGCCUUUGGCCCUGGUUGUUGGCUAUGGGACUAUUUAAGAAGAAGUGGAGCUUCUGGAUUUCUGCUUCCCCUUUCCGGUGGAGCGGAUAGUUCCUCUGUGGCUGCUAUAGUUGGCUGCAUGUGCCAGCUUGUCAUAAAAGAAAUUGAAAACGGGGAUGAACGGGUCAAAGCUGAUGCAAUAAGAAUUGGGAAUUAUACUGAUGGGCAUUUUCCGACUGACAGCAAAGAAUUUGCAAGACGAAUAUUUUAUAGUGUAUUUAUGGGAUCUGAGAACAGUUCUGAAGACACAAAGAAGCGGGCAAAAGAUCUAGCAGAUGAGAUUGGUUCAUGGCAUCUGGAUGUUAGCAUAGAUGGUGUUGUGUCUGCACUGCUAUCGUUGUUUCAAACACUUACUGGCAAGCGACCGCGUUAUAAGGUGGAUGGGGGUUCGAACAUUGAGAACCUAGGGCUGCAGAAUAUUCAAGCUCGAAUCAGGAUGGUGCUAGCGUUUAUGUUAGCCUCACUCUUGCCUUGGGUUCACAGCAAACCAGGGUUUUACCUCGUUUUGGGUAGCUCCAAUGUGGACGAAGGAUUGCGCGGUUACCUAACUAAGUAUGAUUGCAGCUCUGCAGAUAUAAAUCCAAUUGGAAGUAUUAGUAAGCAGGACCUUCGAGCAUUCUUGCGAUGGGCUGCAGUCCAUCUUGGUUACUCUUCCUUGGGAGAAAUUGAAGCAGCUCCACCGACAGCUGAGUUGGAGCCUAUACGUUCCAACUACAGCCAGCUUGAUGAAGUGGACAUGGGAAUGACAUAUGAGGAACUCUCAGUUUACGGAAGGCUGCGGAAGAUUUUUCGCUGUGGUCCCGUGUCAAUGUUUAAGAAUCUCUGCUACAGAUGGGGGUCAAGAUUAUCUCCACUAGAGGUGGCUGAUAAAGUGAAGCACUUCUUCAAGUACUACUCCAUUAAUCGACACAAAAUGACUGUCUUGACACCUUCUUAUCAUGCUGAGAGUUAUUCACCUGAGGAUAACAGGUUCGAUCUUCGUCAGUUCCUCUACAAUGCAAGAUGGCCCUAUCAAUUUCGCAAGAUCGAUGAACUUGUUAAAGAGUUGGAUGGUGAUAAAGUUGCUUUUGGAGAAACAAGUGACCAGGAUAAAACGAGAGUAAAUGUAGUAGGAAUGGGAGUUGUAGCAGCAGGCUCAGGCGAUCCCAAAUCCGUAUCUAGUUUAGUUGCUUUUACUGAAGUUCUAGCGUUUAAGCAGGCUAAACAGGUCAUUGUCUUCCACAGACCUGGAGAUUGUAAGAAACCACUUGACAAGCUAUGGGUUAUAGCCUGUACACGCUUGCACCAAAAACCAAUUUCCCAUCCAGCUCAGCACUCAGGUUUUUGGGUGCCGCCCAUGACAAGAAGUUUUUGUAAACUAGAUCAAAAUAUCCUCGAGUUGUGUUCAUCGUGGCCUUCGCAUGGUGGUAGUAAAGCUUUAAAAUUCUUGAUAGUUGAAAAACGCUCCAAAUUCCCUGACACAAAUAGUGAAGAAGAGACUGGUACUUAUAAAAAGUCCUGUUAUUCAUGA